AUUCAGAUCUUGAUGUGUCGUGAUGCAAUGCGUGGCCCUGGAAGUGAUAGCACUGUCCGGAACUGAACGUGCCCUUUUCUCCUCCAUGACGGAGGAGAGAGAAGGGGAGGGACACAAGAUCACGGGCUGCAACUUUUUUCCUUGUCCUCUUUCGCUCCACUUAAGUCAGGUAGAUUCUGAAGAAGGGAAUGGAAGACCCCAAAUGCACCCGCACAAACCCGGAAGCCGAUGAGUCCGAGGAUGUUGUUCGUUUCGAAAAGUCUCUUCGAGAGCUUAAAGAUUUGCGGUCUCAGCUUCAUUUUGCUGCAGAUUAUUGCGAGUCGACGUUCUUGAACGCGGAAGAGAAGAACACCAUUGUUGACAACACUAAAGAGUACGUAUGCAAGGCCAUGGUCACCGUAGUCGAUCAUCUUGGGAAUGUCUCCGCUAAUCUCAAUUGCUGUAUUUCCAACGCCUGUGAAUUCUCUAAUGCGGAGCUUCGGAUUAACUGCCUGAAGCAAAGACUUCUGCUGUGUGAAGAGUAUUCUGGCAAGCUCGCUUCGACUGGAGUACAAUGGGAUGCUGUUCUUCCAAGACAUAGCCCUCGAUACUUAUUAACUUCUAUCACUAAUGUUGGGAGGCCAAAGGAGGUUGGGAGGGAUUCUGAGACACAAACACUGAAAGCUGGAGAGAAUCGUGAGUUCAAAACAGAGGAGGACGUGCCGCUUUUCUUGUAUACACAUACAAACAAGCCAUUACUUUACAAGAGCUUAGCACCACGAGCUGAUGGGAGGAAGACAGAUGCUAAUUUAUCAAUAGUUUCUGUCCGUGAUGGCCUGUCCAUACUGUCGAAAAGCUUCAGCCCUACUUUCCAUUUCCAGGGUGCUCCAAAACUUGGACGCAAAGUCCUGCACAGAAAGUCAACUCAUAGCAGCGACAUCAUAUCUCUCAUUCGACGCAUUAGAUGGUCAACGUGAGGGCAGUCCAUGGUUAUUCCAUUUGCAGGGCGAAUUUACAAUCAAUUUCUGGAGCCUCUGGCUGGUCACUGGUGGGGAUGACAUAUAUUUGGAAUGCGACUCGAAAAGAUCAGUAUCCAGCCCUUCCAGCUUGCAGUUCAAUGAGUGAGUCCUCCAUGUAAUAGCCAAAAAUGAUCAGUUGCUGUAUCUUGAGAUGAGUGAGGAUUCUGCAUAAUAAAAAUGCUCAGUUAUGCAAUUUCUGAACUUACAUUAUAAGUUCCUGUCCCAACUCAUGUGACCGAAACCAGAGAACCUUCAUUAUCAUUAGAUACACAACAGAAACAUUAUUCUCCAGUACAGGAUGAUCGAGUGUAGGCUGUUUGUUAA